CAGUACACAAAUCAUGCCUAUUACGGCUGAUAACUGGAGUCUUGCUUUUUGAUAGAAACAUCGAAAGUUUAGACUGCUCCUUUAAAAAGCGACAUGGCAAAUAUCAGGACAUACGGUACAAGCGUGCGUGUUGGAAACUGGAGAGAAGAUGUCACCUUAGAGGAGGAUACCCUAAAAGACUUCCUUGAGAGAAAGGAAAAGGGUGAGCUCACUGUCCAGAAAACAGGCUACCUAAAACAGAACAUACUCAGAGAGGUGAAUCUGUCUGUAAGCCGUGGCGGCAGUGUAUGUUUUGGAGAUGUUGUGAUGCUGGUGAAUGUUGGAGGGUCUAACAGAGACCACUGUGCAAUCAGCAUCAACGCAGACAUCACGAAUUUAGGGAAGGGGCCUAGCGCAUCCAUUCAAUCACCGUGCGGAGUCAGUGGAGGGAAAAGUCUGCAGCCCUGUACACGCAUUGCCUUCGUUAUAAACAGUGUUGAUGGCAGUGCCGAGGGAGAGCCUCUGCAUUAUGAACAGAGCUUCACCUUGAGCACAACUACCGGCUUUGCUGGAGGGCUGUAUCUGACCAGUGACCACAAAACAUUCCAGAAGUGUGCAAAGAUGUCCCGCCUCCAGGAAGUGAAUCUAGAUCAGCAGGCUUCCUUCCUGGCUUGGUGGAAAAUUGUGCACUUUGACCCCCAGGAGAGGCUGGAGCAUGAGGGCCUACCUGUACCUGCAAACGCUAAAGUUAUGAUCAGUCACUGUAAGACCAACCAUGCCCUCGCAGUCCUGGGGGAUCACAUUCUGUGGACUCCAUAUGGCCGAGAGUACGAGGUGGCUGCCCAGACCUUCCUGGAUUCCCACAAGGCCGAGCGAGAUGUGAACCACUGGCUGUUGGUGACCUCCGACCCUGCAGGGGAGGGGCUAACACUUCUGGAGCGGCCACAAACACAGACCUGCAACAAGCCGACAAAGUUUCAUAAGCACUCCCAAAACUAGGUCUAAGUGUAGUACCUCAUACAGGUGUUAAAUUCAGUAUGCCUCUCUUGCAUAUUGUAUGUGCUUUGUGUGUGUCUUUGUUCAAAGCCACCUGCGUUGAAAGUGCAUUAAAAGUAAUGUA